ACCACCUACCCGGAGCACRGGGCCAUGSAAAACGAACUCGCCCAAUCUCAACACWGGCAACACUACACCGAGCAGCUGUGUUUUUGUCAGAGCUGAGGAGUCGUCCAAACGUCCGCAAGAGUUAAAAGAAAGAGUGAAAGAGGCCACAAUGAAGACCCAAACUUGUUUCGCCUUCUCCAUACAACUAUUUGCUCUUUGUUUUCUGGUUGGUGCCAUUUACACAGUGAAUGGUGACUACUGUGAGAUAAAUGUCUGCAGUAAUGGGGGGAGCUGUGUGACUGGCCCCAGAUCCUCCUUCAUCUGUAUCUGCCCCGAUGGCUAUACUGGGGACACAUGCAAUGACACCGAGACUGGGCCCUGCAACCCAAACCCCUGCAAGAACGAUGCCUUCUGCGACGUGACUGGCCAGAAACGCAGAGGGGACGUCUUCAGCGAGUACAUCUGCAAGUGCCAGGAUGGCUUUGAUGGAGUCCACUGCCAGAACAAUGUGAAUGACUGUGCCAACCAGCCGUGCCAAAACGGUGGCUCCUGUAGGGACCUGAAUGGAGACUUCAACUGCCGCUGUCCGUCCCCCUACGUGGGCAAGCACUGCCAACUGCGUUGUAUCUCUCUGUUGGGAAUGGAGGGCGGAGGCAUUGCUGAGUCUCAGAUCUCGGCCUCGUCGGUGCACUACGGAUUCCUGGGCCUGCAGCGCUGGGGGUCUGAGCUGGCACGCCUCCACAACAAGGGCCUGGUUAACGCCUGGACCUCAGCCUCCUAUGACAGGAACCCCUGGAUAGAGAUUAACAUGCAGAGGAAGAUGCGUUUCACGGGCAUCGUGACGCAGGGCGCCAGCCGCAUGGGGUCAGCAGAGUUCAUCAAGGCCUUUAAAGUGGCGUCCAGUCUGGACGGGAGGACCUACACUAUGUACCGCCUGGACAGACAGACAAAGGACACUGUGUUCGUGGGGAACGUGGACAACGACAGCACCAAGACCAACCUGUUUGACCCUCCAAUCAUCGGCCAGUACUUCCGCAUCAUCCCCGUGGUCUGUCGCAAGGCCUGCACCCUGCGCUUGGAACUGGUGGGCUGUGAGCUCAAUGGUAAACACAGACGUGCAUGCUUACUUACACACAGACGCGCGCGCAUGUAUUCAAACAACGGCAGGUUGCUCCGAGCCCCUGGCAUAGAGUCGCCCUGGCUGCUCGAACCGCCAGUGUCUCGGCCCCUCUCCUACAGCCCCACCAGUGAUAGCUACCAGCGUUACCGAAGACUGGGUGCAUCCGAGGGGAAAGUGACGUUUGUCGGGCUUUGUGUAACAGGUGGAGCCUGGGGUCCUGCUGUUUCUCCUUCUGUAACAGGUAGAAGCGGCGUGGCGUGCGCUGGACUUUGUUUCUGGGACACGUUCUCGCCUGCUAAAAUCUCAGGUAUCAUCACCCAGGGGGCCAAGGACUUUGGGGCGGUCCAGUUUGUCUCUGCCUUCAAGGUGUCCUACAGUGACGAUGGGCAAUUCUGGAGCAUUGUCAAGGACGAUGUCACCAGCACAGACAAGAUCUUCCCUGGCAACAGCGACAACAAUGUCCACAAGAAGAACCUGUUCGAGCCUCCGUUCUACGCCCGAUUCGUCCGCAUCCUGCCGUGGGCGUGGCACGGGCGCAUCACCUUGCGAAUGGAGCUGCUGGGCUGUGACGAGUAGCCCCGCCCAAGUCUCCUCUUUCCCCGCUCCUCCUCUUCCUUUCUUUCCAAAAACCUCCUGAGCCACACCUGCACUGCCUUGCUCAGAUCUGUAGAGGGCAGUAAAACACCACGUCACCACUACAACCCUGCCCCGACUGAGGAGGUACAAAACCACCUAAUGGUUACUGCUAGAAUUGGGUAGGGGUAAUCUGAUCCUAGAUCUGUGCUUAAGGUCAACUUGUACCUCGAGCACACCGACUACUGCUGUGUCAGCCGGAACUGCAUGGACUCUGAAACGGUCCUUCCUAGAUCGGGCCUGUGUUGUGUUCAGUUUCAGAGUAGGACUGCUGAUCUUAUUCAUUAUUAUGAUUUUUUUUUCUUUUCUCGAAAGGCAAAACUGAUCCUAGAUCAGCACUGCUACUGUAUACGGGCCGAAGGCUGAACCUGAAACCCCAUUGAUGAUGUACAAUAGUAGCUCAUUUAGCUGAGAUGUUUUUCCCAAUAGAGGGUUUUCACCUGACCGUCCUGAAGUGAGUAGUAGUAUUAUSGAACACACUCGUGUGUAGUGUUAGCUUCCAAGCUGUGACUCUGCAGUGCUUUGGAAGAUGUUUUGAAGAACUUUGUUUGUGUUUGCUUAAUGAAGACUCCUCGUGUGACCAUAGACUUGAUACGAAUUUUGUUAUUUUUUUAAAGAAAUGUAUACCAAAUGUAUUUUGCUUUGUUGCCAUGUGUAUAGUCUUAGUUAACUAGUCCUAAAUGCAUUAUGAUUCAUUAUUAUUUGCGUUUUUUACUAAAUUAACAUUUUCAUGUAAGUAUACUGAACAAAAAUAUKAACGCAACAUGCAACAAUUUCAAAGAUUUMAAUGAGGAAAUCAAUCAAUUGCCCUAAUCUAUGGAUUUCAUAUGACUGGCAGUACAGAUAUGGUAUCUMUUGGUCACAGAUACCUUAAACAAAAAAUGGGCCUCACAAUGGGCCUCAGGAUCUCGUCACGGUAUUUUUUAUGCAUU